AUGACAGCUUGCGUCCGCGGGUGCAGACAUCCGCUGUGGGGUGGAAACGGGGCGUGCACAACCGUCUCCGGGACUAGCACGUGCCUGUGUGACUCGGGAUAUGCAUCAAGAGACUCGAUGGGCCGUUCGUCGUGUGUCCCGAGGUCUGUUCUUGUCAUGGCGUACGCCACAAUCGCUGUUACUUCUCUCAUUACUUCGAUAUUUCUCCUGUGGCAUGCGAGCAAGUUUCGCCAGCUUUCGAGACUUCAUCAGAGCACCAGAUCGGCCCUCAUGCGCUUUCGGGUGCUGCUCUGUGGCAGAGAAAAACCUCUCAAGAGCACAUCCAUCCGCCCGUUGCCUCUUCUCGUCCAUCGCUCCCGACUGUGCUGUCGCCGUUUGUACCGAAGCUUUUUUGCCGCAGGAAUGGCAUGCAACUUCUCCCUGGCAACGGCAAUGGGUGGUAGCCUUUCGCUGCCGGAGUUGUACGUUUUACAAACAAACUAUGCGGUGUUUCUCCCGGUUCUGAUGUUCGGGAUCCCGAUCGUCGUGGACUUCUGGGUGCAGAGCCUGCCGAUGCAUCUGCUUCCCGACCACAGCUUUCUGGCGAAGGCAAAGGUCCUGGCAGACGAGUUCAAAGUCUUCCAAGCGCUCAGCAUGGGGCUCCUGGUCGGUAUCUCCGUGAUUGGCUCGUUCUCUUUCAGUGGCGCGCAGUGGCCGUUUCAAGCCGUUGAUACUAUCAUUGUCCUCGGUGCAGUCACAACGCGCGUGUCGUUCGCCGUACGUGCCCGCUUCGUUUGUUUGCUCGGUGGGAACUUCUGGAACCCAAAGGUUGGGCUGACGAGCGUCGUGGCACACCAAAUUAUUGGCUGCAUCGACGACGCCCGGGCGAAGUCAUCGUCUCAGUCGGCAAAGGUUUUCUAUGCCAAGACAAAGGCCGGGAUCCUUAAGCAGAUUACGGGCUACUUCGUACUUGCCGGGGCGAACGCUUCCUCGGCAAUCGCUUUCACCUACACGGCGACCGGGCGGGCGACACCGAUCAUCCCCUUCAGCACUUAUGUACGCGUGAGCCACAUACAAAGUUGCAGUGGCGACCCGGCGGCCACAGCUGCCACCCUCGCCACAGUCGCCACAAGAGGAGGCGCGGCGGGAGGAGAAGCUGACGAGAACCUGUGA